ACUGCGUUUCUUGGAAGCAAGUCAAAACAAAAAGCACUAUCCUUAUCCGUCUGUGUGGGGUGACAAUCGGCGCAGGGAAGGAUGCAUGUUUCAGCGCUGUUUUACAGUCAAAUGCUGGUGGUCAUCAUUCGCUACUUUUCUUCUGUCUGUGCAUAUUGCUUUGACAACGUUGCCAGUGGAAAACCUACUGUCCAGAGUGCUAUUGGGAAUUCAGCUGUUCCGGGGCGAGCCGUGGACGGAAAUGGAGAACUUAUCUUCGAAGGUUUAUCAUGUACGUACAGCCCCGCAACCAGUAGUCAUCCACUGCCGUGGUGGCGGGUGGAUCUGCAGAAGGUCGUUACCGUUGAGGCGGUCACCAUCGUGAACAGAGGAUUCAGCGAAUUUGACUGGCGUCUUCACAACUUUGACAUAGAAGUAUUCUCAGUUGAUCCAGUUGAAAACCCUGAAGCAAACGGUCAGAUGUGUUAUUCCUUCUUUGGGGAAUUUGGGAGUGCAGUUACAGUAACUCUUAGAUGCAUGUAUCCCGUUGAGGGGCGCUAUGUCCGGAUAAAGAAGAGGCAACAUCUGAAUAGUGAGGACAGGCUAACUCUGUGUGAAGUGGCAGUCCACCCAAAGAUAUAUGAAAAUAACUGCAGUUUCAGUCAGAGGUCCCCGUCCACCUUUGUGCCAUACACAGAGAUGUAUCACACGACCAGAGCCAGGUAUGAAAUCAUCGGGAGCUUAAAGACCUGCAUGAUUGAAUGUACGAUGAUGUGGGCAUGUGAUGGCUUUAACUUUAAUAUCCUGGACAGCAGCAACGGCAAUGGAACAUGUGAGUUUGUGUCUGUGUCACUGGCUAAACUUUACGGCAAACCGGGAUGGACAUUUUACAAGGCCUUGUGUUCCGAAACUCCAGCUCAACACGUGUAGGAAUUGAUGUAUUGGUACUUCUGUUCAACUCUGGCAUAACAUGUGCAUGUGGCAAGGUGGUUAAUCAAUGCUGUUGAGAUAUAUCAGUGACAAAACAAACAGAUUGAGCACAUGCAGAUCCGGACCAACAACAGAAACCUAGGAUGUGGAUAUUGCAAUGUGUUUCAACAAAUUUACUGUUUGUUUGUUUGUUGUUUAACGCCUCACACAGAUAUUGUCUUCUUAUGUGACGAGGUAAAGUAAAUAAUUGAAUCUGAAACCCAAAUCCAGUAAUUGACACUCGGAACAUUGAUUGCGAUACGAUGACAUGCAAUCAACCGAGCCAGACCACCCACGUUAGUAGCCACCUACGACCGGCAUAUGGGGCUUGCUGUGGGCUUAUUUUUUUACCAGGAAUCCCAACGUGUGUUGACCUAAUCACAGAACAUUUUAACAAGAGGCGUUCUGUAGCAGAGAAGACGGAAGAUGUGAUUAGCUAGAAAACUACAAAUGCAUUCAAUUAUUUGUCUUCACGUGGUACAUUUUGAGUCAUACACAAUCAUCGAAGUAUUCACUGUCGGCCACAUGAACAAAGAAUGAGAAGACGUCCAAGCAUAGGUUGCUGGAGACCGACGUUCUUAUCUGGAUUC